AUGUUCUCCGAAAGUCUGCCUGGAAUUCCCAGCCUCCGCCAAGUAUGCAUACCUAUAGCUGCUUUGGUCAUUCUUGUCCUGGGGAGGUACUAUCUUGCGAGCCGUCGGCCCAAGAAUUUCCCGCCAGGGCCAGCAACGCUGCCUUUUCUGGGGAAUAUCACCCACGUGCCUCCCUCUAAGGCUUUUCUCAAGUUUCGUGAUAUGCAAGCCGAAUAUGGCUCCAUUAUUGGUCUAAAGAUUGGUUCCCAAAACUUUGUGGUGUUGAACAGCUACAAACAUGUCAAAGCAUUGUAUGACGAGAGAGGCGCCAUCUACUCUAGUAGAGCCAAUACGUACAUUGCCAACGAAAUCGUUUGCCCAAAUGAGAUUCACAUUCUUCUUAUGCAGUAUGGUAAAGAGUGGCGCAAACAACGAAAAAUAUUGCAGUCUCUUCUUAACGUGACUAUCGUGGAUAAGCUCCUCCCUCUUCAAGAGGCUGAAACCACGCAGACUAUGUUCCAGCUUCUACAAGACCCUGAAGGUUACUAUGACCAUAUUCGCCGAUACACCACGGCAGUGAUUCUGGCCUCAGUCUACGGUCAACGUGGAGCUUCAUUCGACCACCCUAACGUGCAGGCUCUUUACCACGCGCAAGACCAAUUCACGGCCCUUCUUGAACAAGGAGCGUCUCCGCCUGUUGAUGCCUUUCCGUUCUUGAGGGCGGUUCCUGAGUUUCUUGCGUCUUGGAAAACGAGAGCCAAGGCGGUGCGUGAGGAGCAAAAGGGGCUUUAUUUGAGGCUGGUGCAGGAAACCAGAGAUCGACUGCAGCGUGGUAAGGGUGGUGAUUGUUUCUUGAAAACUAUGCUGGAAGAACAAGAGAAGAACGAUAUGGAUGAUGAGCAUAUUGCUUAUCUAGCUGGAAAUCUGAUGGAAGCAGGGUCUGAUACUACCGCCUCUACCUUGCUUUCGUUUCUCCUGGCCAUGAUCAAGUACCCACAGCAGUUCAGAAAAGCGCAAAGGGAGGUUGACCAAGUAUGCGGCUUAUCAAGGUCUCCAACAGCAGACGAUAUCAACAAUUUGCCUUUUAUCAAGGCGUGUAUGGACGAGACACUCAGAUGGCGUCCCGUGGCACCAGGCGGUGUCCCCCAUGCUCUAACCCGGGAUGACACAUAUGAAGGCUAUCUCCUACCCAAAGGCACCAUCGUCCUCGCCAAUACUUGGGCGAUUCACAAUGACGAAGAUGAGUAUGAAAAUCCUCAUGAAUUCAUGCCCGAUCGCUUUAUGGGUAACGAGUAUGGGACUCGGUACGCAGUUGACGAAACUACUGCCGCUCACCGCCGCACUUCGUAUGCUUUUGGCGCAGGCCGAAGAGUCUGUCCAGGGCAGCGACUUGCCAAGAACUCCAUGAUGCUCAACAUGGCCAAGAUAGCCUGGGCGUUCGAUCUUUCGCCUGGCUCUGACAGUGUUAAUGAUGAUAUUGACACAGCUUACCACGAUGGAUUUCUUAUUGCGCCUAAGAAAUUCCCCAUCACGAUCAAGCCGCGAUCUGAACAUCAUAGGAAGGUUAUCACGGAUGAAUAUCACUCAAUGGAGUCGUUUUGGGACAAGUAUGAAAACUAG